AUGGCCAAGCCCGUGCGAAAGCCGUUCAGGAGGAGUCAGGCCAACUUGAAAGAACGAAUAAAAGAGAGAAACAAGAAAUGGACAGGGCUGGGGAAAGCCUAUGAGCCCUCAUCUACAAGCAGCAACGGCAGGACCAGCAACCCUGUGCGACUGAAGAGCAUCCAAGCCAACAACAGAGCUCUGGCUCUGGCUUUGCAGGAGGAGAAGCUCAAAGUGAGAGAAGCCCGAGAUGCCUUUCUGUGUUUAAAGGGAGAGAAUCAAUGCCUGAAGGGAGCUCCACAACAUAUUGUGGAACAUGAAGAAAUCCAUGAAAGUGAGACAAAGGCUGCAGCAGAUGACAAUAAGCCAGCUAGCUGCAUUUCAGAGGACCACUGUGUAUCUGCCAGUGCUGAUGCCAUAAAGGAAGUAGACCCAGAGUGUG